UGCCCUCUGGCCCCGUUGACUGAAGAUCAGCUGAAUUUGGCUUUGGUAUGCAAAACGCGUUCCGAGAAGCUCGAAACCGAGGUUCACGAGAAGGCCGAAUUGCAACAGCAUUUAGCCCGCAUUCGAAUCCAGUGUCCUCCGGUCACGGAUAAUGAUAUGCAGCCGGCACAUUUAGCUCAACUGGAAGCCCUUAUCACCGGUGGGGUGUUACCCAGUACCUGUCCGGGCGAUUCGCUUGGCAACGCAAGUCCCACCGCGGGUGCCAUCACCACCGCAACCACUGCUGCUGUAGCUACUACCAGCUUAGAUGAAGAAACUCGACAAUCGUGUACCAGCACACUAUCUGAUACUUCUCAGGACGUCAUCCACGGUGCUGUGGACAUCCCAUCGAUUACCACCGUCAGCACCAUUUCAGGUGGACCUGUUAGUGCCACUGUUCCUAUGCCGUUGGAAGCACCGGCGGACACGUGCAAAAUGGAUGGAGCUCCCUCCGAGGAGUCGAAUGCUGAGAUUGUCUCUGUGGAGAUGACAUCUAAAAUCCUACCAAGUCUCCCACAUCCACAGCCAGAAACAGCGGUCGCGACGACUUUAGAUGACCCAAUUAAAACAUCUGGAUCACCGCAUGCAUGUACUACCAUCGCGGAUACAGAGAUUCAGCCUCACAACAUGGUUCACGAUCCAGCAACUGCAAAGAUUGCUUCAGCUGACACAUUGGCUUCGGUAAAACCAGAAGGAGACGAUCAGAUGGGAACAGAUAUUGCUCACCCAGGCCAUGUACAAAUCUCUUCGUAUGGCAAACCUAGCAAGUCGGAAAUCUAUCCGACUUCGUCUAAUGCUGUGGAGUCAAAGCGCCCGGCCUCGGUGCCUUACCCGGCGAGUAUUGAUCAACCAAUGCCUAUCCGUCGGAAACGCUGUAAUAGUGGGAGCUCCGUUCCAAUACAAUCUAAACGUCCGGCAAUCAGUACACUUUUCGAAGUGAGCUUUACCACGACCGAGGUUCCUCGACCACCUUCUAAACAAACCGAAACCCCAUCGGAACCGGUUGAUACCACAUUUGUUGGACUCCUGUCCAAACAGAUUGACCAACAAGUUGCAAACACAUCGACAAUCAAAGUCCCGGAGCAGUCGUCUAUUUCAUCCACCAUAUUUGAAAUUAAGCAACCACCGCCGGACACCCCAAUCAAAGUACUACCCAGUACAACCGAACCCUCAGAGAGUUCUGCUAAACUGUCUAUCGAAUCGGCUAUCCGUAUCACAUUCACAGCGAUUGAUUACGAUUCACGACUGUCUCUAAUCGAACUGUGUCAACAGUUGCCCGGAUGCGAAAUCGUCGAAAAAGCCCAAGAUGCUACGCACUUGAUUUGCACACGUCUAUUACGCACUCCGAAAACGUAUUUGGCCCUUGCAGUCGGCUGUUAUCUGGUCACACCUAAAUGGAUCCAGGCGUCCGUUUUACGUGGCUGUUGGCUCGAUGAGACACCGUGGCUCCUAUCCGACCCGGAUUCCGAAGCCCAGUUAGGUUGUCAACUGCACCAGUCCAUUCACCGUUCUCGUCGUCGUCGAAUGCUCGGUCCGGAGGCCUACUUGUUCGCGGGUUUAGAAUUCUGGCUCUCUCCACGGGCUUGUCAUCGUGAAAUGUGUAUUGAACUGAUCAAAGCGUGCGGAGGUGUGGUGCGACUGAAAAGACCCACACAAAAGAUGGCAUUACUCCCGCAACCUCGCCAAUUGAUCAUUUGUCACGAAGAUGAUAGCCACGUAGCCAGUUAUCUAAUGCGAAUCAAAACGGGAAAUAAAGCCGUGCAUCAUGAGGAGUUUAUUCUCAGUGGUGUGUUGCGUCAGGAACUCGAUUUCGACGCAUACCAAAUACAGUAUGUGAGCACAUUGCAAACUGGACUUAAAGCUGCCGUGGCCGCCGCUGAAGCUGCAUUGGCUAAUUCUGGAUCGCAUCCAAUGACUACGGUUCUUCCGGCACCAACUUCGUUACGUUUUGUCACCGCUCAUUCAGAUGUUCCGAUUCCGGUCACGGCAGUCGCAUCUGUUCGAUCGAACCAACCGAGACUGGACCCAAACGUUCACAACAAGACAGUCGCAUUGUCUAUUACUACUACCACACAAACCGUCCCAAUUGUUUGUCAGGCUGCCCCGUGCAAUUCCGUUCAAAGAUCAGACCUAAUGCGUAUGGUUUCCGUCCCACUUUCUGCAUGUGUAUCUGAAAACCCCGGCGUUAUUUGUUCGCCUUUGGCCACCCGAACAGUGAAUGUGAUCUCACCCACAGUCACUACCCGCGUCCAGGCUUACCACCCGGCUCGUCCGGCCGAUUCCCAAUCGACUACGCGAUUACCACCCGAAGCAUAUGGUACCGUUCAACCCGGCACCGUCGUUCCAGAUUUUCGAAACCAGGCCAACCUCCCACGGCACACAUCCGAACCUAUUAUCCAUCAUACACACCCACCUCCCAUUCCUUUGUCACAUCAACACCAGCAGCAUCUUCAUCAUCCGCCAGUUCCGUCAACUGGAUUGCAACACCUUUUGGUCGGUUCGUCCACGGGUGAUGUAUCCAUUCCUACCUACCUGCCACCUGGCUACGCCGUUCCACGCACGGAUUCUCGUACGGAUCUCAGUAGCGCUGUUCGCCCUCCAUUGAGCCAAGAGGUUGCUUCCACCUCAUCCCAAAUGCUGAUCGCUUAUACCACUCCUACGGUUUCGACAGAUCCGAAUGGUGUUGCGCGUUUUGCACCGGGCAGCUCUAUUCCCUCAGCACUUGAUCCAGCCAGGUGUGUGGUAUUCGUCACAACCGCUCCACAUAUGUUAUCUGCGAACGCUCCGCUUCGUGUUCCCUCGGAUGCUGGACGUAUGGCACCUUCUGAGAUGUCACUGGAUAUGCACAAACCAAGCCCAAAACAACGGUCCAGCACACUACUCCUUUCGGGAAACACGAAUCCUAGUCCACAGUUGACCAACAUCGCCACCACCGGUAAUGUUCCUGUAAGCACUCAGAUAAGUCAAGCAAUACCGCGCCCUGUCACCGCCCUCACAGCAAUGAUUGUAGCCGCUGAGGCAAAUACAAAUGAUUUGGUUCCCAACCUACCUUUGGGUGAGACAGAUAUGGUGGUGAUGGGUCCCGUGUCUUCAUUCGUGUUGCCUAAACCAACUGGUUAUCACCGACCACUCAAUGCCCCCUCUUCCGCAAACGUUGUACCUGUUACAGCCUCCAGUACUGCUACUAGUGCGCUGAAUGCCCGAAGCGCGGCUGCUGAUGCACACGCGGUCGCCACAGCCACUGCUGCCGCGGCAAAUGCUUUGCACAGCGCGGAAGCUAAAGGUAUGGUUGUAGGUGUAAAACCCAACCCAGGUACUCUUUCUGUUCCAGUACCAACUCUUCGCAAUUCACAUGUGUACACUUCUGAAGUGGUUGCCGCCGAGACGAAGAAACGCAUGGGCAGCGGGGGAAGUAAUGUCUCCGGACCUUCGACUGCUCCGUCUGUUUUAUCCAGUGUCACUCCGCUUGACGAUGCGGUCAAAAGUCUGAUAACUAAUCAGCUUAGUUUCCAACCUCUAGCGGACAUUGAAAUGCGACAAUGCAACACCAUGGAAUCGGUGCAGACUAAUCCUUCCGAUAUGGGACCUUCCCGAUCUUUCUCUACUUCGGACAUUCCCACGUGUUUCGGUUUCGAAGAUAGUGUGGCCUCGUCCGCCGUUUCUCAGUUCUCCGUUGUGCACUCCGCACAUAGUUCAGUCCAGGUGUCCUCCGUAAACGCUGUCAACACCGUCACCACUAUGCAUUGCACUUCAUCCGAAUCGCGUGCCGAUACCGUCCCAUUUGGCUCCAAUUCAGCCAUUUCUCCAUCCAGGCAGGUCGAUGCAAUUCACGCCACUCUCGUCACUGCUGCAUCCAGUACAGAAAAUUAUUCAACAAACUCGAGCACAUCCACUGUUGUUGUGAUCAGUGAACCGACAAUUCUCGCAACAGGCACCACCGAGGUCGCGCCAUCAACGGUGGCCUUUUGGACAAAAACAAACAAUGAACCUGGAUCAAGCCCUUCCACAGUCCAACUGGCCGAGACUGUCAGUCUAGUUGCACCUCAAACGCAUUCCUCCACAGCGACAGAUAGCUGCACUACGACCGUCUGUUCUGACCCAGAACAAUCCGUGAUUCUAUCCACCACUGAAUAG